AUGUUAACUUGCACACAGCAGUAUAAAAGUACCUAUACCAUUAAUGAUGAUGUAACAUCUAGUACAGACGAAAGUAAAGAAGCAAGAAAAAAAAUCUACGCCAUUCGAAAACAGAAAGAAAAAAAAAUAAGAGACAAAAAAGUUAGCUUAGUUGGGAGAUAUAUUGAAAGAAAACUCAACAACAAUAUGGCUGCUCCAUCACAACCAACAAAAGAGCCAGGUCCAGCCGAUCAUCAGUUACCAGAAUUCAAAAAGUCACACAAAACAGAACAAUUGACAACAGGUUGGGGUCGUCCUGUGGGUGAUCGAUCCAAUGUUCAAACAGUAGGACCACGAGGACCUGUGUUAUUACAAGAUGUUGUUUAUAUAGAAGAUACAGCAAGAUUUGAUCGAGAAAGAAUUCCAGAACGAGUUGUUCAUGCAAAAGGUGGUGGUGCAUUUGGUGUGUUUGAAGCAACUGACGAUAUAUCGGAUGUAUGCAAAGCCAAAGUAUUCAUAAAAGGAACAAAAACACGAGUGGCCAUGAGAUUUUCGACUGUUGCUGGUGAAAGUGGUUCAGCCGAUACAAAUCGUGAUCCACGUGGUUUUGCCAUUAAACUGUAUACAGAUGAAGGUAUUUGGGAUUGUGUUGGUAAUAAUACACCAAUAUUUUUUGUUCGAGAUCCAUUUUUGUUUCAAAUGUUUAUUCAUUCACAAAAACGUAAUCCUCAAUCUCAUUUAAAAGAUCCUAAUGCAGUUUGGGAUUUUUUUGCGAAUAAUCCACAAGCAACACAUCAAUUUUUAUUCUUGUAUUCGGAUCGUGGUAUUCCAGAUGGUUUUCGUCAUAUGCAUGGAUAUGGUAGUCAUACAUUUAAAAUGGUGAAUGCUAAAAAUGAAUUUGUUUGGGUUAAAUUUCAUUGGAGAUGUAAUCAAAAAAUUAAAAAUCUAGAACCAAAAACAGCCAAAUUUUUGGCCGGUGAACAACCAGAUUAUGCUCUUCAAGAUUUAUUUGAUUCAAUAGCUAAAAAAGAUUAUCCAAGUUGGACAUUAUAUAUUCAAACUGUAACAGAUGCAGAAGCAAAAAAUCUUCCAUAUAAUCCAUUUGAUUUAACAAAGAUAUUUUCUCAAAAACAAUUUCCAUUACGUAAAGUUGGAAAAUUAACAUUAAAUGAAAAUCCUGAAAAUUAUUUUACACAAAUUGAACAACUUGCAUUUUCACCAGCACAUAUGCCACCUGGUAUUGAAGCAUCACCAGACAAAAUGUUACAAGGACGUUUAUUUAGUUAUACAGAUACUCAACGUCAUCGUAUUGGAGCAAAUUUUUUGAUUGUACCUGUAAAUAAUCCUGAAACAAACAAAAAUGUCAAAGUUUGUACAUAUCAACGAGAUGGACCAAUGAAUACAUCACAGAAUUAUGGUGAUCGUCCAAAUUAUUAUCGUAAUGAAUUUCAUGGUCCUGAUGUAACAUCACGUUCAGCACAUAUUGAACAUGCAACCUAUGAGGCUGGUUUAUCCGAUCGUCAUCCAUCACAAGAUGAGGAUAAUUUUACUCAACCACGUGUAUUUUAUACACAAGUACUAACUGAUCAAGGUCGUCAGAAUAUCCUCGAUAAUAUGGCCGAACAUUUAGAACAGUGUACAGAUAAAGAUGUUAUUAAACGUGCCGUGGCUGUUUUGGCCAACGUUGAUGAUGCUUUUGGAAAAAAAUUGGCACAAAGAUUAAAAGUUGAUUUACCGAAAAAAGUACGUGUGUUUAAGAAAUGAAUCGAGGAAGUUAAUGUUUGUCAGUAUCUUUUAGAAAUAGCACAUCGGUAAAAUGAACAAGCUCCAUGCUAGAUCUGGCUUGUGAAUGAUCCUCCUUUUCCUCUUUAAUCCAAAACCGCUCCUCUUUCUCUUUUUGAGCUAAUUUUUUUUCCUCUUUUUUUUCUCGAAUUUUUUAGCAAAAUCACCAGGAUUCACGCUAUUUUUAGAUCUGAAAGUAGUUUCAGAUAUAUUUUUUUAUCAAUGCCGUCAUAUGGAACAAAAUUCAGUCACUCGUGGGUAUAGAAAACAGUAGAUGAAUUCCUUGUGAGACGAUGGUUAAAGUAAGGUGCUAAGGAAUCAACAUUCGUAUGUACAUUGUAUAAAACCGGCGAAUUAGAUUGUGGGAACAAAGGAUGGCAGUUGAUAGUACAGCAUAUGAAGAAAGAUAAAUACCGUGAAAAAUCAGAAAGUUGAUAGAAAAUAUCACAUUUGUUAGUGAUGCUAUUAGAAAAGUCAGAUAUGUUUCUGUAUUAAACUAGAAUAACUUUUUCCUGUGUUUGUUUUAGGUUUUUACUCGUGAAACACGGAAAAAAAUACUUUAUGUAGGAUGAAAUAUAAUUUCUUUGAGAGUCUUAAGCCACUUUGACGUGUACACAACAUUGUCAGUACCGGUUUUCGGCCAAAAAAUAUGGCUCCACUUUUCCUCUUUUUUACCCAACGCUCCUCUUAAAGAAGUUUUAACAUUCCUCUUUUUUCUGAAAGGACCGUUGGGAAGUCAGUGCUACAUGAUUGUCGUAAUUUUGUUAAUACAUAAAGAUGUUAUUCACUAGAAUAAAACCAUUUCAGACAUAAUUCUAGUUUGACAAAAUCGAUGAAAACGUUUGAUAUUUGGUAUUAGUUAGUUGACUUAAAAUGAAAUUUAGUGAACUAACACAAUAUUCCCAGAUUAAAGAUGAUUAUCGUCUGUAUUGAGUGUGUUCUAAGAAUACCGGAUAUUAUCAUCAAAAAAUGUUCUCAUGCUUAAACUAAUAAGUGAUUAAAACUUUUAUCUUAUACAUGAGUAGUUUUCUCUGUUUUACAGAGACAAUUUAGUCUGUAAUCGGCAAAGAUGAAACUAGAAGGGUAUCUUCUUUUUCUUCUAAACUAUUGGGAAAAUUGUAUCUUCCUUCACAUGAAGACUAGACUUCAAUACUAAUUAGUAAACACCACAGAUCUAUUGAUCUUUUGACCUAACUUAAAAAUAGGACUGCUUGUCUGUAUUUUCUCAAAAUAUCUCAUAAUACGUUCAUUAUAACCAAUUGUUCACACUUGUUUUAUAUAUUUUUUUUUUAGUAGACAUCAACAUCAUCAUCACUAGCCCAAUCUGUUCGGUCGAAAUAUUAAAGAAAAAAUUGGAUAUAUGUAAUAACAACAGCAAUUAAAUCCAAAUGGUUUAUUGUUGAUUGGUCAAUAAGAGAAUAAGUCGUUUUUAUUUAUUUGUUCUGUGAUCUUUUUCCAAGUGCAAUUGUUGAACGUUAUGUUUUCUUUUCAUUAUAUGUGAUUUGAUAUUACUAUUUGUUUUCUACUUUUUUUUUUAAAUACUUUUUAUCGAUAAAACAGAUGGGCUUGUGAUUGAUUCUUUCUCCUCUUAAUGUGAUUUAAUCAAGCUUCGUCAUUUAUGAUUACAUUAGCAUUUUUAGUUGAUCUGUUAGAUAUCUUUUUGUUUUAGUGGUGAACAAUUAUUUUCUUUUUCUUUAACAAACAAACAUAUAAGCUUAACAUUGUUCACAUAUUUUUAUUUUUACUUUUCUUGUUAGAAUCGAUAAUUUAAUAAAGUUACAUUUAACGUAAUAUUUUUAAAAGAAAAAUUUAGCUAAGAUUUUGUUGUCAUUCUCAACAUAAUCUACUCAUAAUUUAUUAUUCGUUUAUUAUAAUUAAAUUCCAUAUUCAUUGUCGUUGAGUCCGAGAGUUCAUUGUUGCUAACAUUUCUUGUAUGAUAAUACGAGUGAAUGUUGGUAGCGAUGUUACAAAUAUUCAUCCCGUUUUGUAGAAAAUCAAUGAAUAAAAUUUGAUCAGGAAUAACAAUAUGUUUUUUUGUGUAAGAAAAGCUCUAGAGAGAAGCGUUUUAUGUAUUUAGUCUAGAUGCUGCUAAUUCAAUUAGAAACUUGAUACGAUAAACUUCAGAGACCAACAUGAAUCGAGAAUUUUUCUAGAUCAAGAUCGUUCAGAAUCGUCUAGAUAUGAAAAAAUUUUCGAUUCAAUUCGACUGAGAAUUUCACAAUUUUGUUUCGUUCGGUUUGACUAUUGAAAUAUUUUUUUUUGAAUCUUAUUACAAACUCACCUUUGUCCUUUUAUACGCAAAGGCACACUUUUCUUUGAAUCUAAUUAUUUAGAUAAAUUUGCUUUAUAAUCAAUAGAAACACUAUUUAACUCCACACAUAUAAGUAGAAAAUUUUUCUUUUUGUCAAACAAAACUACAAAAAUAUUGACUCACUUCAAUUUGAAUAAAAAUUCAAAACUUUGAUUCAAUUCGAUUUUAGUCUUUGAUAAACUUCUGUAGAAAAAUAAAGUAUAAUUCAAGUCAUAAACUAACAAUUUUUUGCAUGACAUCUACUUUUUUCAAUUUAUAUACAUCUUAUACUAAUAUAAAUAAUAUUAAUUUAAAUAUUGGUAUAAAGGGUGGCCCAGAAGUCCUGACUCGAUUUGAAUAAUUAAUUUUUCUAUAGUGAAACAAGUGAUAGUAAAUUUGUCUCUAUGAAGAAAAGAUGCAGUAAAAAACGCUCUACAAGAUGACUAUUGAUUGACCCCGUUAGCUCAUCUAGUAAAAAUGUUAUAGGCUUAGAAAUGUGCUUCACAAAAAAGAAAAAUCAACCGUGAAUCCGGUCUUGGUAUUUUUGCUUUAACUCCUGUUCCUUAGAUCCCCUAGAGUUCUUUUUUUAAUAGAAGUGUCGCGAAAUUCUCUACAAAAUCCGUACCUAAACUUUAAUUUCAGAACUUCAAUCAAGAAAACUAAGCAAAUUAUAAACGAGGCGAAAAAAAUAAAAACUUGGUAAAUUUAGUUUGUUUUACUUAACCUUCUUCUUCUUCUAUUAUUUCCGUAAAAAAAGCGGAGCAAAAGCGACAACACAAUUUGGGUACUUUCAAAUGUGCUCUUUCUUGUGGUUUGUAAAAAGACUUUUUAGAGCAAAUGGUGUGCUCGAGAAUCAAGUUUCAAAAAUAUGUCAAAAAUCGACAACCCCGUUUCCAACAGUGUACCCAGCAAGAAACGGAAAACGUGAUCGAAGUUUUGAUGUUGCAACUAGGUAGAGAAGAGCAAUCAUUUCUGAUCAAAGCAAAACAAACCC